AUGUGCGGUAUCAUGCAAAGCGGAUUUUGUCGUUUCGGUGAGCUCACCACCGGACAAUUCGCACUCACAAAGCAAUUGAUCCUCCGAGUCGCUCUCCCACACGUCACUCUCCUCAUCGUAUCACUUUUAUAUGCGGUGAUUGGCUCAUGGGUGAUCACAGUGCUGAAAUUCACUCAAGAAGAUCCGAGUGGAGAUUACGAGGCGCUGCAGAGACUAAAACGCCACUACGUCUCCAGUUUGGUGAGAGGUCGGGGUGAUGAGGAUUUCGAGAUAUUCGCACAAAGAAGUCACGAGCUAUACAAACGUCUUCCAUUACUUACUGAUGCCUGGAGUCAAGAGUUCGCUCAAAAGAAUGCGUCAUACGCAUGGAUUCGGCGUUUCCGGUGGAAUCUUUUAUUCUCGGCCACAACGUUGACAUCGAUUGGAUACGGAAACGAUUCCCCGGCGUCCACUUUCGGUCGUCUUUUUUGCGUUGUUUUUCUGAUGUUCGGAAUUCCGUUGUAUCUGAUCACACUGGCUGAUGCUGCAAAAUUUUGCACGGAAUUCAUGAAUCGAGCCUACAUGGAGUACAUGAAGAAAUUCAUCGCCGUCAAGAGGAGAUUCUACCGCUGGCGACAAGGGAAAUUGCGAAGAGAUUCGAUUGUGAUCAAUAAUGUGAUUAUAGCCGGUGGAGAUGAAGAGGUAGCCGAAUUUCUGUGGACCCACUUGGAAAAGACGCAUUUCGUCGAGAUUCCCUUUGUGCUCGUUUACGCGAUUCUCAUCAUUUAUAUAGGUUUUGCCUCGUGGAUGGUUGCUCAAAUCGAGGGAUGGACGUUCGUUGAUGGGGUUUAUUUCAUUAUCAUGAGUGUGUUGACGAUUGGAUUUGGAGAUCUCGUUCCAAUAAACGAGUCGUGGACCCUUCUCGUGCUCAUUUUGAUUCUCGUCGGUUUGGUUUUAACAACAACAUGUGUCGAUAUUGUUGGAGCAUAUUAUAUUGAUCGAUUGCAUUUCUUUGGAAGAAGACUCGACAAAGAGGAUCCAUUGGCUUGGUUGAAAGCCGUUCAACGACGACGAAUCAUGAUGAUGAAAAGGGAAGCGAUGAGGAAAUUGUUUGAGACGGUCACCGCACUCAACCAUAUACGAUUAGAAACGGUUCAAAAGUUGGCGAUGGCGGCGAAAGAGGCUCAACAAGUGCAUGAGCCACCACUUCCACCAAGAGAUCUCAUCGCUUUCAAUGCAACGGCUGAUUCGGUGACCCUACGAUGGGCGUCACCGAUAAAAUUGGAGGAAGGGAGACGAUAUUGGUACACACUCACAUAUAAACCGAGAACCCCACAAAGGCGAACGAACGUGGAAAUGGUGGAUUUCAUCAACGCGGAGACUUAUGUAGUGACAGGGCUAAAAUCUUUCAUUCUUUACGAGUUCUCACUUCGAACAACGACAAGAUAUGGACACAGUAUGCCGGCAAGAUGUCAAGAAUAUACAGAGCCAUGCACAGUUCCAACACUUUUACGAGUUGAGGCGAUCAGCACCGAAUCGGCGACAAUCUCGUGGAGAGCUCCGAUCAAGAAUAAUGGACCUGAGGAAUACAUUGUCCAAUAUUCCCAAGAACCGGCUCCACAAUUCCGGUAUUGGGAUCGCUUCAAAUGUGGCACGUCCAAGAAGUUCACCAUACCGAAUUUGAGUCCGGGAACGAGAUACAUCGUUUGCGUGACGGCUGUUCACAAUUUUGGUUUGGCUGCCAUGUCAAAAAGCACUCGUUUCACCACAAAAUCGUGGUGGGGCGAAGAGAGCGAACUCCAUCCAUUGCCGUUCAUUCAGCGAAGUCUCUCCGCUAUUUCAAACGUCUCAAGUCUUCGA